AUGGCGGCUUCCUCCUUUGGCACCCGCGGCAAACAGGACGACGGGGGAGAAAGCUGCGUGCCAAUUCAAGCCCACCCUUACUUCGCACUGAUCCUGUCGGAGCUCCCGAAAUCAUCCCCGAAGGAGAGAGUUAAAAGCGCUGCUCGGGUACGGUUGCUCAGGAGGAGCACGGGUGCCUGGAACCACGAAGACCAGAGCUUUGCUCCUUUCACUUUCCCCGGCACCCCUCCCCCCCAUGCUUCAGAGCCUUGUGCUGCUCUCCCCCCCGCUCCGGAGCAAGGCUGCGGAGCCAGCUGCACCCCGCCUCGAGCGGCUGGCGGGAGCCUAGCAGCAGCCCCCGGCCCCGACCCCCGCAGACCUCACUCGCCCCGACUCACCCAGGCUAGGAGAGGCGACGGCUGGGGCCCCUUGGCGUCCCCUGCGCUGCCCCUGCGCGACCCCCGCCUCAGCCUCCACGAAGGCGCCUGUGGUGGGCGUGGAAGGGAGCCUCACGCCUCCACCUGUUGGGCCGAGGGAAGGAGGGAGUGGAGGGAGAAGCGCUGCCGCCCCGCCCCGGAGGUCGAUUUGGAUUAUACCGUUACGACCGAGGAUCAGAUUUACCUUCUCCUGGAGGCCAGAGUUCAGUGUGAGCAGAACGUCACGUCCCAGCUCCAAGGAGGAGGAGGCAACUGCUUUCCAGAAUGGGACGGCUUAAUCUGCUGGCCCCGGGGAUCUGCGGGGGAAAUGCUGGCUGUACCUUGCCCUCCUUACAUUUAUGACUUCAACCACAAAGGUAUGGCCUUCAGACACUGCAGUUCGAAUGGAACUUGGGUCUUUGUGCCAAGUUUAAACCGAACAUGGUCUAAUUACUCCGAAUGCCUGAGCUUCCUACGAGCAGAAGUCCAUUCGGGAAAGAGGGAGUUUUUUGAACGCCUCUAUAUCAUGUACACUGUUGGCUACUCCGUCUCCUUCACCUCCUUGGCGGUGGCAAUUUUCAUUAUCGGCUACUUCAGGAGGCUUCACUGCACCCGGAAUUACAUCCACCUGCACCUGUUUGUCUCUUUCAUGCUCCGAGCGACCAGCAUCUUUAUCAAAGACAAAGUCGUCCACACUCAGGUUGGCGUGAAAGAGCUGGACUCUCUGCUCAUGGGAGACCUCCGGAGCGUUAUAGUGGCUCCCGUCUUAGACAAGUCCCAGUAUGUGGGAUGCAAGAUCACCGUGGUGAUGUUUAUCUACUUCUUGGCGACCAACUACUACUGGAUCCUGGUGGAAGGCCUCUAUCUGCACAGCUUGAUCUUCGUGGCGUUCUUUUCAGACACCAAAUACCUGUGGGGGUUUACCUUAAUCGGCUGGGGAUUUCCAGCUGCCUUCGUUGUGGCCUGGGCGGUGGUCCGAGCGAUGGUGGCAGACUCAAGGUGCUGGGAACUCAGCGCUGGAGACGUCAAAUGGAUCUACCAGGCUCCGAUUUUAGCAGCUAUUGGGUUAAACUUUGUUUUGUUCUUGAACACGGUUCGGGUUCUGGCUACAAAAAUCUGGGAGACCAAUGCGGUUGGCUACGACACAAGGAAGCAAUAUAGAAAACUAGCAAAGUCUACCUUGGUCCUGAUCCUCGUCUUCGGAGUCCAUUACAUCGUCUUUGUGUGUCUCCCUCACAACUUCUCAGGGUUAGGCUGGGAGAUUCGGAUGCACUGCGAACUCUUCUUCAACUCCUUCCAGGGUUUCUUUGUUUCCGUCAUCUACUGCUACUGCAAUGGAGAGGUGCAGACUGAGAUCAAGAAGAUAUGGGCCCGGUGGAACCCGCCCAUCGACUGGAAGAGGACAGCUCCCUGUGGGAGCUACCGCUACGGCUCCGUCCUCACCAACAUGACCCACAGCACCAGCAGCCAGUCUCACAUGGUGGCCAGUUCCCGCAUGGUCUUGAUAUCCAACAGGGCCUGCAAGAGUUUUGCCCAGCAACAGGACACCCACAUGAAUUUGCCCGGAUACGUCAGCAGCAGCUCCGAACAGGACGGCACGCACCGCUGGGUUCACGAUCCGGCCGAGGAAGGCGAAGAGAAGCGGGUGGAUGGCAUUUCUCUCAAGGAGACCCUUAGGCUCCACGAUGCUCACAUGGGACCCCUGGAGGAAGAGGAGGAAGGCAGCAGGGUAGAAGCAGAGGAAGUGCUUUAA